AUGAAUACCCAGUUUACUUUGCCGAGUAUGAGCAAACUUGAAUCAACAGUUAUUUCUGAACCCGCAGAACGAUCUCCUAGUAUGUCACAGACUGUUUCCGCCCGUGGCGCAGGUUUCGACCAUGUCCGUCAUGACGGAGAGAUUGAAGACAUCGACGACAUGGUUGUCGAUUCGGAAGAGCACGGUGCCGAUGAGAGCACUUCCGAGGACGACAGUGAUGAGAACGCCGAAGAUGUCAAUGGCAUUGAAGGCGAAGAAGACUUCAUCCCUUUCCGAGUCGGCCGCUACAAGGCCGUGCCAGGAAACGCGCGUUUCGACCAAGCGACGCGGCUGCCACUCCACUUGAUUGACAGGCGUAGCGGUUCUGCUGUCAAGGUCUGCAAGCCUCAUUUCGAGGUCUCGUGGGACAGCAGGACCGACAUCAAGCGCCUCAAUGCCUGGUAUCGCAGGUGCUGGUGUAAACUCGGCGGCCGGCAACUACAACUGCCUCAUCUACCAUGGUCCGAGGAGGAGCUGGACUUCCUCCGCGACGUGUUCCAAAAGAACAAGGGCAUUACCCAUAACGAGGCGCGGCAGAGGUUCAACGAUCACUUCCGAGGCCGCACACUUACGUGUCGGGGCCAGACGUGGAAGUUUAAGGAACGGCAUGAAAAGAUUUUCUCCGGGGCGAUUUUUCGCUUCAAAAUUAAAAGAGGCGAUACUAGGGGUAAGUUGUCUGGCGAUUUAUGGUCCGAGGAGGAACGUGAGUUCGUCAGAGAACUAUGCAUGGAGAAAUUGAGCUACGACAGGAUUCUGAAGCGCUAUAAUAAGCACUUUGACGGUCGUACGUUCGACAUCGACGGUAAGGCUUGGAAGUUUAGGCCGCGCACCAUGUCAAGUCUCAUCUCUGCUGUCCACCGCCAUAAGUUGGAUGGCAGGGAUGAGAGGGUUUGGUAUUUUUGGUCUGAGGAGGAGGUCGAGUUCGUCAGGGAACUCUGCAAGGAAAGCUCAGACUACGCCGCAAUCCUGAAGCGCUUUAAUAAGCACUUCGAAGGUCGUACGUUCGAAAGCGAUGGCAAGUCUUGGGAGUUUAGGCCGCGCACCUUGGGGAGUCUCCACAUGACUGUUAGACGCCUCAAUUUGGAUGGCAGGGAUGGGCAGAACUUGGAAGACCAGAAUGAGCAGAAUUUGAACGCCAAGAAUAGGCAGGCCUGGAACCCAUGGACCCAAGAGGAGCGCGAGUUUGUCCAAGACUUGUUUAGGACAAAUCUGGGCUACCAAGCAGUACGGAAGCACUACAACGAGCACUUCAAGGGCCGUGCGCUCCAGGACAAUGGCGAGGUUUGGACGUUUAAGCUGUGCUCGUUGAAGAAUUUCGCUCAUGCUGUCCUGUAUUACAGAUUGAGGGACAGGCUUAGCUCUGACCUCCCCAACUUGGACGACAGAGCGGAGCUCUUGACUGAAGAGGAGAAGGAAUUCCUCAGAAAGCAGGGCUGCCUCUGA